AAUUUGAAUCGCCAAAUCAAAGUUUUAAUGAAGAAUAUACCGACAGAAAAUAAUUGAUAGCAAAUGGAUAUAGAGGGACGAAAGUUAUAUUUCCGUCUGUUGGCAUUAUCACUUGGGCCAGCAAUGGAUGUUCUUCAUUUGUUUUUUGAAACGAAAGUUCUAAAUGGUUUGGAAUUUUAUAUGUUUUUAAAUCAACACAAGCAUGUUUUAUUUCAUCAAUUAAUUCCGAAGAUACCUUGUUGUGAAUGUAAAAAACUAUCACUAGUAGCGUCAAAUAAACGUGGAAAUAUGAAUAACGGUCAAUUUAAUACACUAUAUGAACGCAAAGGCCAGAUCGCAACUGCACAUGAACACAAAGAUUGUAAAGGCGAUAUAAAAGAACACUGUCUGUGUCAGUAUACUGUUAAACAGCAAGUGAGCGUGGAUUGUAUGGAUAUUUCAUUGAUGUAUGUUGUAAUUAGGACGUGUUGCCCAGUUGGCAGCAUUCCUGGAGACCCAAAUUGGCUGACCAAAAUAAAAGAUAUUAGAAAUGUUCUUGCCCAUCAUGGUUCCUGUAGUAUGGACAUGAAUGAAUUUGAAGGUCUGUGGAAAACUCUGGAGGAUAAUGUACUUAAUUAUGCUGGUGUUGUAGCUUCAACGCACAAAAAGAAAGUAAAGACGGAGAUACAAAAAAUAAAAGAAGAAACAUCACUUGAGCAUUUGAAAGAAGUAGUAAAACAUUCCAGUGAAAAUAUACAAGAGGUUCUUUCAUCAAAACUAGAACAGAUAAAACACUUGAACUCAAUAGAUUUAGGUAGAAUACAACGAGAUGUGCAAGAGAUAAAAGCAAUGUUGCACACAUUUGUGCGAAUCCCCAAAAACGAAGAUAAAAUUGACACAGAUAUGAUGAAUGCGAGCUGCCGGAUAGAUGGCAAAGGAUUCGAUGCAGAAAUUAUGACAAAUAAUCUAGAUCAACCUAAUAGUACCAGUGAAGAGAUUCUGAUAAGAUCAAUUGAGAAUAAAUGUGUAGUACUAGGUCUUGAGGUUUCAAGACUAAUACUCAAUAGUGAAGAAGCAUUACAGUUUGCUAUAUAUAAUUUGAUAAAAAAGAUAAUUGCUGCUGGAAAUAUUGAUACCAAAAUUGAGAGAACAGUUGAUAUGGUGUUGAUUUUCCAAGGCCAGUUAACACCAGAUGAGGUGUUAGUUAUGUCUUCUGUGUUAUCACCAAACAGAGGCAGACAAGAAAAAGUGCUAAAUGACUUUGAUUUUUAUACAAAAAGACAGGAUACAGCAGAUGAAUUUGAAGAUGAGGACGCGCUCUUUCCCAGUUCCGAUUCUGAAGCAAACCAAACGCUAUGUACCGAAUGCAAUACUUUUUUAAAAUGCUCAAAUUGUAGUUCAAAAGACAUCAAAAUAGCAUCUUUGAUGAGAGAAAUAUCGUACUUGAGACCAAGACUGAGAAGACAAGAGUCACUUAUUUGUUGUCAAUGUUGUGCGGAUAAAGAGACACCUGCAUUUUACAAUUGUAAAGAAUGCGACAAGUACAUGUGUGAGCAAUGCAAUGCAAAACAUAACUCUGAUCCAGCUUGGGGUGAUCAUAAUAGCAAGUAUAUCAAUCCACUGAAAUAUAAAUUAUAA